CGCGGCGCCGCCCGCCGCCCCGUAUGGAGUACCGCGCGCGGUCCGACGAGGCAUGGUACGGCGCACGCGUGGUGGUGCAGGACGGCUGGCUGCGCGUCAUGUUCGAGAAUUUCCCCGAGGAUGCGGACGAGUGGUACAAUCCAGGGGCUGACCUCGCAUCCCCGGGCGACGUGGACGCGCUCCGCGCCAGGUUUCGCCGGGCGUGCCUCGCCCUCGACGACGCCCAUUGUGGCGACCUCCGCCCGGGCGACCAGCUCUGCCUCGCCUGCGACAUGCACGGCGGCGAGAUCAAAUACUACGACGCCGUCCUUGAGGCCGUAGAGAAGGCGCCUCACGGCACCGUGGACGGCGAGGAGCGGUGCGCGUGCCGUUUCACGGCGCGCUGGACGGAGGGGCCGCGCCGCGGUUGCUCGGACAAGGUGGGCGUCGAGGUGGUAUGCUGUGUGCAGGAGUCACCGAUCCAAGAUCCGGUGCUGACCGAGUUCCUGGACCAUGUGAGAAACCGGUUCGGCGACGGCCAGGAGGAGGCGACGGCGGCGUCUCAGCAGGCAGCCCCGAGCGGUGAGGGGGAAAUUGCGCCGGUGUCCAGCCUCACAUACUCCUCGAGUAGCUUGUCUUCUUCUUUUUAACGAAGGUAUUAAAAACUUGAGUGGAUGGAUGCUUUAAAAAAGGUGUUGGGUUACUCAAGGAUAAUGAUGUGUCUAUGAUGAAGAUAUGUGUGAUGGUGCAUGAUGCUCAAGCGGCAACUAGAACUGAUCUGGAAGUCUGGGUGCUUCGUUUGUUGGAGAUGCUUUGCUAGUGCUUUAUAUAGCUCUGGUUUUUCAUUUGGCUGUGAUAUCAGUCUGUAAGACUUGUGCACUAGAGGUGCUUUAUAUAACUCUGGCUUCUCAUUUGGCUGUGAUAUCAGCCUGUAAGACUUGUGCACUGGAGGUGCUUUAUAUAACUCUGGCUUCUCAUUUGGCUGUGAUAUCAGCCUGUAAGACUUGUGCACUGGAUGUGCACCUUUUCUUAUUAGGAAAAUUUGCUUCACAGGUGCUAGCAAGCUUUCGUCCCAUAGUGCACAUACCGAUUGCGAGUGUGUGUAGUGGGUUUCUUGUUAGUGCUUAACUCACUUCUA